CGGGACGGCAGGGCUGGGGGCUGGAGCCCGCAGCGGGAAGCGGCCGCUGCCCGGGCCGCGCUGGGCGAGGCGAGGCGAGGCGAGGCGGGGCGGGGCCGGGCGCUACGGGAAGGGGAGGCCGCGCGGACCCGGAGCCUCACCGCGCCAGCCGGGCUGCAGCGGCUGCGCAACAAGGCUGCGAUGGGACUGGAGACGGAGAAGGCGGACGUGCAGCUCUUCAUGGACGACGACUCUUACAGCCACCACAGCGGCCUCGAGUACGCCGACCCCGAGAAGUUCGCGGACUCGGGCCAGGACCGGGAUCCCCACCGGCUCAACUCGCAUCUCAAGCUGGGCUUCGAGGAUGUGAUCGCAGAGCCGGUGACUACGCACUCCUUUGACAAAGUGUGGAUCUGCAGCCAUGCCCUCUUUGAAAUCAGCAAAUACGUAAUGUACAAGUUCCUGACGGUGUUCCUGGCCAUUCCCCUGGCCUUCAUUGCGGGAAUUCUCUUUGCCGCCCUCAGCUGUCUGCACAUCUGGAUUUUAAUGCCUUUUGUAAAGACCUGCCUAAUGGUUCUGCCUUCAGUGCAGACAAUAUGGAAGAGUGUGACAAAUGUUUUCAUUGCUCCAUUGUGUACAAGCGUAGGACAAAGCUUCUCUUCUGUCAGCCUGCAACUGAGCCAGGACUGAAUACUUGGACCCCAGGUCCGGAGAUUCGGAUACUGUAAUACUUCUUUGUUGUUACAACAUAAAAGCACCACUGUUCUGUUCAUUUCCUAGCUGUUCUCAUUAAGAAAACUAUUAAGAUGAGCAACCACAUUUAGAAAUGUGUAUUGACAGAUCUUUUCAAAUAAUGCUUUUCUGAUUAAUAGCCAAAGAUGUUGUAUCUAACUUUGUAACCAGAAUUAUACAAUAAGUUGACACCACUUAGAUUUAAAGGCAGGCAGUUUUGCUUUAGUACAAUAGUAUAAAUUUUAUAAUGAUGAAUUUAUAAUGAUUAAGGGACAUUUCUAUCAAAAUACUACAAUAGUUUUAUGCACAACUUCCCAUUAAAAAUGAGAUUUCUUAUUUGUUUGUUUGUUUGUUUUUACUCUGGGAGUAAUACUUUUUAAAUUACCUUUACAUAUAUAGUCACUGAUAUACUUAGAAUAUACAAUGAUCCUGGAAACUGCAGUAACAAAAGCACACAGUGAUUAUAGUAACUAUCAGAUACAAUAAAACAAAUAAAUGUGAAAAUAGAUUCAUGAAAAUGUAUUCCUUUAAAGUAUUGUUUUCCUACAGGCCUAUUUAACAAGAUGUUUCAUUUUACUGUAUAUUUUGCACUUAAUAUAAAUGUUGCUCUAAUCGGAUUGCUUAAAAGCAUUUAUAUUAUAUUUAUGUUGUUGAACUAAUAUAUGAAAUAAGUAAAUGUAGCUCCCACAAGGUAAACUUCAUUGGUAAGAUUGCACUGUUUUGAUUAUGUAAACAUUUAUACAUCUUCUUUGGAAAUAAAAUAUAAAAGAGCUAUA